GGUACGUAUACAACUGAUAUGUGCUGAACACUGGUACGUGAAAGUACUCCACGUCUUGCUUCCAGUCGUGAACCGUUUACGUCACUAAAGCCAGAAACAGGGACUCGGUGAAACGAACUCAACAACACCACAACAACACCACUAUUGAUCGGCCUUCAGCGCAGUCGAAGGGUGAUUUGAACCCGACGCUCAACGCAGUGAGAGAGAAAAAAUGGAACGCAUGCCUGAGCGCCUGUACAAGACGCUGACGGUGACCCUGGUCUUACUAGAAGGUACCCUGUAUUGCGGGAGCCUCCAGGGAUGGCCGGCGCUGGUGUAUAUCUUCAAAGACUCCCACUUAUACUCCCACCUCUGCUCCAACUCGACAGCGGCGGUCAUCAGCAGGUACAACCGCUCGUACGGGGAAGACUUCGACGUCAGGAUCUCCCACGAGUGUCCAGAGCAGGAGGAGAUGCUAAACUUGGUCUUCACGGUGGCUAUCUUCAUGCAGGUGCUGAUGCCGCUGCUGGGGUAUAUCUAUGACCACUGUGGGACAGCGUGUGUUCGGGCCGUCAGUAUCGCAUUCAGCGCAGGUGGGCUCAUCUUGAUGGCGCUGUCUAGACCAGGCUUAGAAUGGGUGCUCUUCCCGGGCGCCUCCUGCCACUUCGUUGGAGGUGCGAUGUUACUGUCCACCGAUAUGACAAUGCCUCUACUGUUUCCAACAAGAAAAUCCACUCUGCGGUCCUUGCUGAACGGGGUGGCCAACAUGAGUGCCUUCAGUCUUCUGCUGGUCAAAUUGGCCUAUGACAAUGGUAUCGCGUAUCGAUGGUCACUCAUAUUUUUCGCCGCCUUAACUUGCCUGAUUGCGGUUCCAACCACGCUAAUUCUACCUCCACGUCACUACGUGCAUUCCGGAAGUGACGUCACAUUUGACGAUAGUGACGUCAAACAAAACGGCGGUCACGACAAAAAAGACAGUGACAACAAAUGGGAUUUUUGCUUAUCGUCAAGCAGUUUUUGCAGAUGUCUGUCUACGGAAACGGUGGGGAGAGGAACAGAGAAAAAAUUUGGAAAAGGAGAGGGAGAUAGAAGUCGUGAUCUUAAGGCAAUUGAGGGUUUGUUGACAGAGAAACGGUCCAGUGAAAACACAAACGGGGGUCACACAGACUGGAAAGAAAAAGACAUGGAAGAAAAAAUGACAUUUGUUGGGAACUCGAAAAGUAACAAAACUACUAUGUCGUUUGUAUCCAUUUUAAAACAGCCAAUGUUCUGGUGGAGUGAACUUUGGUUUGCUGGUAACUUACUUCUCGUCAUGAUGUACUUUGGGAGUUUUAACUCUGUCGUAGACUACAGAUCGAACCAAAAUAUUGAACAGGUUAGUCUGUAUACUAACGCGGUUGGCUACGUUCAAGUCGCCAUCAGCAUUCCGUCCGCCGCCCUGGUGGGUUACCUGGUGGACAGACAGCAGGAGGUGGGGGAUGGUCGAGCGGACCCAAAGACGUUUGUGCCUUCGUUCUUAAUCACCAGCGUCUCUGGACUGUUGGUGUGGAUACUGUGUGCCAUCCCGAACCUAGAGAUCCAGUUUGCCGCCAUGAUGCUCCACUGUGUGUUGAGGUCGUCUGCUUUUGGGGUUUUCACAGCGUUCAUCGCAUACGCAUUCCCUAUCAAGCAUUUUGGCAAGGCAUACACAGUACAGCGUGCUCUAAUGGCGCUGUUCUGUGGCCUCCAGUUUCCAUUGUUUUACUGGUUGAAGAACGAUUUAGAAAGUGACCCUCUUUAUUUCAGUUUGGUGAUGAUUGGUAUAUCCUGCCUCACGUUCAGUCUACCUGCCUAUGUUGUUUGGAGAAAAAAUAAUGUUAAUACGGAAAUGGACAGCCAUAGCCAAAAACUGAAGGCGAUGGGUCUGGACGUUGUUAAAUGA